AUGCGGGAGGAUAGGCGGCUCAACCAGUACGCGCUGAAGGACGCACUGGACUGUCAGCUCGCCGAGAAACGGAGACGCCAACUGGAGCAGUAUGAGGCCGAACUCGUCCACAUUUAUGGCCCAACGAUGCGUCACAUCCUCACGGACGCUUUUGGCCAGCCGCGGAAAAACUACCACCUUCGUCACGGCAGUGGCGACGAGGAUGAGAAUCAGGAACAGCGGAAGCAGCAAACAUCAUUGUACCUGCAGGAGGUUCAGCGGCGCCAACUGAGAGAAAGAGAGGAAAUGCCAGAGAUGCGUGCUCAACGGGCGCGGCAGGCCUGGCUGGCUGCGUGGGAGGAUCAUAAGCGUAGGCUUGCCGAUGGAGCAGCAGAUAGCUUGCGAGGUGACGCAGAAUUAACGACAGCGCAUUCACCUUCUGAAAGGUUGCACUAUCGCCCGUCCGUGCUACAAUUUUCGGACCAAAUUCUCCCUAUGGAGCAGAGGCGCCGCGACUCACGGCGUGAAUACCGUGACGCACUCGAUAGGCAGCGAGAGGCAAGUGCAGCAGGGCUUAACAAAAGCGUCUCACUGCAUUUCUGA